GAAGGGACAGCAUAUGUGUCACUAGCAUUUUCCAGAAGAGGGAUUUAUGGCGUUCGGGACACAACCAACUCAGUUUGUUUAUUUUCUAUGAAUGAUAGUGUCGUCAGUGCCACCGGCAAGGUCUGGACGUAAGAUGGCAUCUUGAGAAACUGGCUGACGUGGUCUCGUACUCGAAAUGACGCAUGUUUUUCUGCCCAGUUAGCUAAUAAUCGGGAUAAUAAGUUAUAUAUUUUUUCUCCACGGUGCUCCAGCUAGCUUAGCUGGCUAGCGGGCUAGCUUUCAGCAUUUUAAAUCCUUGUCACAAGAUAGGCCAGGCUACUGUUGGAGGAAUUAGCCGACAUCACCGGUAAGAGGAUAUGGACAACUCGGCGUUCUGCAACGACAACUACAACAGCGGGACUAGUGACGACGAUAUGGUGGAUAUCAGCGGGGCUACCUUGGAUUUCACCGAGGAUGUACCCCCUAUCGAGCGGGACCACUUUGGCGCAGUGUGCAGUAGCGGCGGCACCACGAAUGGCCAUGCCAAGCUGAUAGACUUGCUGGACGAGGCGGUGCCAGGCGUGGGCACCUACGAGGACUUCAACACCAUCGACUGGGUCCGGGAGAAGUCCAAGGACCGCGACCGGCAUCGAGAGAUUGCCAGUAAGAGUAAGCAGUCUACAUGGGCUCUUCUCCACAGUGUGAGUGAUGCCUUCUCCGGCUGGCUGCUCAUGCUCUGCAUUGGCCUGCUGUCAGGUGCGUUGGCGGGUCUCAUCGACAUCACGGCCCACUGGAUGACGGACCUGAAGGAGGGCGUGUGUCUGGACGGCUUCUGGUUCAACCACGAGCACUGCUGCUGGACCUCCAAGGAGACCACCUUCCACGAGAGGGACAAGUGCCCGCAGUGGAGGAGCUGGGCAGAGCUCAUGGUCGGCGCCACCCAGGGGGCGCCGGCCUACAUAGUGAACUACCUGAUGUACGUGUGCUGGGCGCUGCUCUUUGCCUUCCUCGCCGUGUCUCUGGUGAGAGCCUUCGCCCCGUACGCCUGUGGAUCAGGAAUACCAGAGAUCAAGACGAUCCUGAGCGGCUUCAUCAUCCGCGGCUACCUGGGCAAGUGGACGCUGAUGAUCAAGACGGUCACGCUGGUGCUGGCCGUGUCGUCGGGCCUCAGCCUGGGCAAGGAGGGCCCGCUGGUGCACGUGGCCUGCUGCUGCGCCAACAUCCUGUGCCACCUCUUCACCAAGUACCGCCGCAACGAGGCCAAGAAGAGAGAGGUGCUGUCCGCAGCUGCAGCGGUGGGGGUUUCCGUGGCGUUUGGAGCUCCCAUUGGAGGAGUCCUGUUCAGCCUGGAGGAGGUGAGCUACUACUUCCCCCUGAAGACGCUGUGGCGCUCCUUUUUCGCCGCCCUGGUGGCCGCCUUCACGCUGCGCUCCAUCAACCCCUUCGGCAACAGCCGGCUGGUGCUGUUCUACGUGGAGUUCCACGCGCCCUGGCACCUCCUGGAGCUGGCGCCGUUCGUCCUGCUGGGCGUCUUCGGCGGCAUCUGGGGCGCGCUCUUCAUCCGCGCCAACAUCGCCUGGUGCCGCCGCCGCAAGACCACCUGGCUCGGCCGCUACCCGGUGCUGGAGGUGGUCGCCGUGACGCUGGCCACGGCCCUGGUGGCGUUCCCCAACGAGUACACGCGCAUGAGCGGCUCCGAGCUCAUCUCCGAGCUCUUCAACGACUGCAGCCUGCUGGACUCGUCCAAGCUGUGCGACUACGUCAACGAGAACGACGCCAACAUCACCAAGGCGCUGAGCAACGAGCUGCCCGACCGGCCCGCCGGCCCCGGGCUCCACAGCGCCCUCUGGCAGCUGUCGCUGGCGCUGCUCUUCAAGAUGGUGCUCACCGUCUUCACCUUCGGCAUGAAGGUGCCCUCCGGUCUGUUCAUCCCCAGCAUGGCGGUGGGUGCCAUCGCGGGGCGUCUGCUGGGCGUGGGCAUGGAGCAGCUGGCCGUGUACCACCACGACUGGCCGCUCUUCAAGGGCUGGUGCACCAAGGGGGCCGACUGCAUCACGCCGGGGCUCUACGCCAUGGUGGGCGCCACCGCAUGCCUAGGUGGCGUGACGCGCAUGACGGUGUCUCUGGUGGUCAUCAUGUUCGAGCUGACGGGCGGUCUGGAGUACAUCGUGCCGCUGAUGGCCGCCACCAUGACCAGCAAGUGGGUAGCGGACGCGCUGGGGCGCGAGGGCAUCUACGAGGCGCACAUCCGCCUCAACGGCUACCCCUUCCUGGAGCCCAAGGAGGAGUUUGGACAUAAGACGCUGGCGAUGGACGUGAUGCGCCCGCGGUCGGGCGGGGGGCGGGGUGGGGGGCGGCGCGGGGACCCCCCGCUGGCCACGCUGUCGCAGGAGGGCAUGACGCUGGGCGAGGUGGAGGCGCUGGUGGGGGGCACGCAGUUCAGCGGCUUCCCCGUCGUCGUCUCCCAGGAGUCCCAGCGGCUGGUGGGCUUCGUGCUGCGCAGGGACAUGCUCAUAUCCAUAGAUAACGCGCGGAAGCACCAGGAGGGUGUGGUGAGCGCGUCGCAGGUGGUGUUCAGCGACCCGGCGCCCCCCCAGGCGGUUAACGGCCCCCCCUCCCUGAAGCUGCGCUCCAUCCUGGACCUGAGCCCCUUCACCGUCACCGACCACACGCCCAUGGAGAUCGUGGUGGACAUCUUCCGCAAGCUGGGGCUGCGGCAGUGCCUCGUCACGCACAACGG